AUGAAGUACAUUCUACUUGCUUUAUCCUUGUUGGUCGUUCUUGCUACAAGUGAGAAGGUCUGCGACUCAGUUCUUGCUGUAAGUUUAUAACAUAUUUUACUAAAAUGUUUCAUCUUACUUUCGUGAUAAGAGCAUAAAUUAUAAUAUGACAAACAGUAGAGCCCAGUAGUGAUCUAUUUACUUUGUGCUAAAUGAUAAGCCUUCAUAUAUGAUAGGUUAUUUAUUGUUGUUUUUAGCGCUCGUGUCCACCCAGUCAAGUUACCGGUAAUAUGGCUCGGCUGGCUGAGAAAGCCGGUUGGAAAGCAGAAGCGAAGAAAUCCGGAGAGUACACUGAGAUGAUGGAAGCUGAAGUAAGCUGAUUUUUUAAUAUUAUAUGGAUUACUUUCUCAUUUUUUUAUUUAAAAACUGCAAAAUUUUUUAAUUAUUACGUAUUACUUUUACACCAAAGACCUCCUUUGGACAUCUUUCACCGUAUAACAAAGCUCUGUGUCACUUGGCGAUUCGCGCCCAAUCUACUUUAAUCUUUUUGACGUUUUGUAGUAUAACAUACCUUUUCUUCCUUUUUUCAUAAUAUAAUACACCUUUUCAGACCAGAAGAAUUGGAAAAUCAGUUGGCAAAGAUGUUGAACGUCAAAUCCAAUGCUUCAGAAUCAUGAUGUGUCGUAUGCCAUUGACCAAAGCUGGACUGGAGUUCUUUAUCCACAAACUUGAUGUCUUCGAAACUGAAAUUGGAGGUCUAAAAGAGGAGUACGAGAAGGUUUGGAACAAUCACAAGGAAGUCUUGAAAGAACUCGCUAAGCAAUUGCCAUCUAACUAA